AUUAAUGAAAUAGAUUCUAGGUUUGACUACAGUGAUUUUAUUGGGAAUUUCACUUUAUAUGAAUGGAUAGAGUGAAUUAUAAACAUAAACUCAAUUUAGAUAAUGGCAAUAAAUACAUUAAAAAUUCUAUACAUAGAUUGAGGAAUAAUAUCGUAGAAUGGUGUUUGAAGAAAAUAAAUAAAUGAUCGAGAAGCAUAAUUCAAAUCCUGAAAAUACAUACAAGAUGGCAAUAAAUUAAUUUGGUGAUUUAACAAAGGAAGAAUUUGUGGCUAUUUAUUUAAGUUCUGAAUAAUCUUAAGGUUUAAGAAGAAAAUAAUAAAAAACAAAGUCUGAAUAUAUAGAAAAUGAAUCAUAUGAUUGGAGAAAUACAACAACAGUUAGAGAUAUGAAAUCUGGUUGCAUAUCAAGUUGGGCAUUUUCAGCAGUAGGAACAGCAGAAUCAUAUUUAUCAGUGGUUAAAUCUUAAAAAGUAUUAUUAUCAGCAUAAUAAUUAUUGGAUUGUGAUUCAACCUCAUUUUCAUGUAAUGGAGGAGUUCCAUAUAGAGGUUUAGAUUAUAUAGCUGAUAAUGGAAUAACAGUAGAAUCUGUUUAUCCAUAUGUAAUAAAAAUAUAUUAAAUAAUAUAUAGACUGCAAAAUUUUCACCAUGUAAAAGAGAAGGAGGACCAUAUAGAAUAAAUGGUGAAGAAGAUGUAGAUGAUCUUAAAACUGCAUUGAGAUAAUAUGCAGUAUCUGUAUUUGUUGAUGCCACAAAUUGGCAAUUUUAUUCAACAGGAAUAUUUAGCAAUUGUGAAGACAAUAUAAACUUUGCAGCUACAGCAGUUGGAUUCACUGAUUAAUAUUGGAUUGUUCAAAGUUCAUAUGGUACAAGUUGGGGAUUAAAUGGAUAUAUUCUUUUAGCUCCUGGGGAUACAUGUGGAGUUGAAUCUUAUGGAGUUAGAGCUGUUUGAUUAUUAAU